AUGGCGCUGCCUUCCUCCUGGUGCAACCGGCGGUUCCUGGGUCAGCAGUUAGCUCGUCAGCGAGAGCAGGCGGCCCGGCUUCGGCAACAGUGGGACCAGAACAGCCGCUACUUCCAACUGUCUGACAUCUGCACCUCGAAACAGGCAGAGUGGAGCUCCAAGACCUCCUACCAGCGGAGCAUGCACGCCUACCAGCGGGAGAAGCUAAAGGAGGAGAAGAGGCGGAGUCUGGAGGCUAGACGCGAGCGGCUCCGGCAGCUUGUGCUGGAGGAGCAGGACCUGCUGGCUCAGGAGCUCAGGGAUCUGAGGCUGAGCAUGAACUUGCGGGAAAGAAAAAUCCAGGAGCGGCACAGGGACCUGAAAUCGGCCCAAGAAGAGGAGAGGAAACUGAUAGCCGAGCAGCUUUUAUAUGAACACUGGAGAAAGAACCACCCCAAACUCCGAGAGAUUGAAUUGGACCUUCACCAGAAACAUGUGAUCAAUUGCUGGGAAACACAGAGAGAAGAAAAGAAACAGCAAGAAGCCACCAAGGAGAAAGAGAAGAAGCGGUAUGAAAAUGAGUAUGAAAUGGCCCGGAGGGAAGCAAUGGAAAGGAUGAGGGCAGAGAAGGAAAGGAAGCAGCUAGAGGAGAAGCUGCAGGCUGAGGCGCUGCGUCAGCAGAUGGAGGAGCUGAAGCAGAAGGAGCUGGAGGCGACCAAACUGAAGAAGGAGCAGGAGAAUCUGAUGAAGCAGCAGUGGGAACUGGAGAGGCUGGAGGAGGACAGGAAGCAAAUGGCGGCCUUCCGGCAGAAGGCAGAACUGGGGCGCUAUUUGAGACAUCAAUAUAAUGUGCAACUGAACAGACGUGCUCGGCAGAUCCAAGAAGAGCUGGAGGCAGACAAGCGGAUCCUCCAGGCGCUCCUGGAGAAGGAAGACGAGAACCAACGCAUCCAUCUGGCCAGGCGGGAGCAAGCCCUGGCUGAUGUGGCCUGGAUGAAGCAGGUGAUCGAGGAGCAACUGCGGCUGGAGAGGGAGCGGGAGGCAGAGCUGCAGAUGCUGCUGAGGGAUGAGGCCAAGGAAGUGUGGGAGAAGCGAGAGGCCGAGUGGGCCCGAGAGAGGAGCGCACGCGACCGGCUGAUGAGUGAGGUGUUGGCAGGGAGACAGCAACAGAUCCAAGAAAAGAUCGAACAGAACCGACGGGCACAAGAGGAAUCCCUGCAGCACAGAGAGCAACUCAUUCGCCUUCUUGAGGAGGCAAGAGAAGCUGCUCGUAGAGAGAAAGAGGAGAGUGAAGAGCUCAAGUCGGCGCGGAAACAGGAGCUAGAAACCCAGGUUGCAGAGCGCCAGCUGCAGGCAUGGGAAGAGGACCAACAGGAGGAGGCCGAGGAGGAGGAGGCCCGGCAGGCGGAGCAGCUUAACAACACUCUCCUUCAACAGGAGGCCAAGAGGAUGACCCAGCAGGGCUACCGGCCCAAGACUUACGGACAUCCCAAGAUUGCGUGGAACUGA